AAUUCUCUGACUGAGUGUAUCUCAUUUACUUGCUGAAUGAAGAGAUCAGACGCAAAAAGAGAUCAUGGGGUUCUCCAAUCAACAAUGGUUCAUGUACGGUCUUCCUGCUGCAAUAUUGCUCAGCCUAAUUAUAACAAUAACAUGUCUCGCUUCAAAGAACAGUGCUCUUCAAGAAAUAGCUGGUGACAUGAUUAUCAAGAUACAAGAUGUUCAAAAAGAGAAUGAUAAUCUAACAGAGCUUUUGAAUAAGGCAAACGCGGAAAAGUUUGUGCACCUCGAAAAGUAUGACGCAACUACACGCUCCAUCGCUGUGCCAUACAAUUCAGGAAAUUUAAAUUUUGGAUGCAAUUUAAAGAAAAAGUAUAAAGUCGAGUCAGAAGCCUUUACCACGAAAACGCUGGAAAAUGGGAAAAAAUACUAUUUUUCAAAGAAAAGUUUGAGUUGGUGGGACGCGACACUAAAUUGUGCUUUUAACUGCAUGGUUCUGGCUGCACCGAAGACGAAAAUUGAGUUGGCACUAUUAAAUAAUGCAACCACGGCAAAUGAAAAACGUCAGCACUGGUGGGUUGCGGCUGCGAAUCAUGCAGAGAACCAUUUAGAAUUUUCCUGGAUUGACGGAACGCCGCUUAGUACGGAAAGCGAACUUUGGCGCAAAAAUCCCAUGGAGCCGAAUGAAUAUAAAAAUGCAUCCAUAGCAGCGUGCGCAAUGAUCUUCAGUGGAGAAUUGGUUGACGAUCCGUGCGAAAAGGCAUGGGGCCAUAUUUGUGAAUAAAUAUACCCUGAAGUGAUUUUAUCAUUGUAUCCAAAUUAGGUGUGGUUAAAAAAAAGACAUGUUUAAAAAUGUUUAAACAUAAAAACUGCACAGCUUCCCACUACUAUGCCUUACUCUCAAUCUGCUCUCUCAAUCUUAAAUUGCUUAAGCAUUAGUUGAAAACUCCACUUGAAAAGGACAAGCUCGCAAUUUUUUCCUCUUCAUAAAAAAAAAAUGUUUUUCAAAUUUAUCAAUUUUCUGAUAUACCAGCCUUUAGUGAAGUUUUUUUAAUAAAGCUGUAAAUACGGCAAUAAAAAUAAAUAUUUCUG